AGAUUUUCAAACAAAAUAAAUGACUUUUCACACAAAAUCCGUUGCUCAUUCAAUACAAACUUACAGUAUAUAUUUUUUCUGCAAUUAUCCAUUUUAGGCGCAGUGAAAAGCACAUUUUUUCUUUAGGUGUGCCUUUAGCCCCGUUGUACCCUACAUUAUAUAUAGGGCCUAUAUGUAAGCACUAGUUCCAUAUUUAGGAACGAAUGUUAAAACGGCUUGCCACAUACAGUGUGGCGAUCACAGCAGAUAUGUAAAGCCGACUACACAUUUCUACAAAUAAAGCCUUGACGACGAAUCUAAGGUCUACUAGAUCUCAGCUCCUAGACAGAUAUAUCAGAGAACUAGCUGAUCCUGGCAUCGCUCGUUUUCGCAAGACGUUUCCAGCGGCGUCGGAACGCGAAGAGGAGAGAGGCAGCAGCAUCAGUAAUCAGACUAGGACGCUCUCUCCUCAGCUCCCUCCCAACCGCACGGCUGAGGCGGAUUCAACUGCAGCACUGGGGAACGUAUCGCUGGAUGUGGGUGAAGACCGUGUGAAUGCGCGUGUAGGCUCAUACGCUGGGAUAGCGAGAUCUGCUCAUCCUAACCCUAUGCGCCUUAAGAACGCUUCCCAAUCUGGCGCGCUCAGGACUGAGGCAGGUGUAGCGGCGAGGGCGCAUCCAUGAGCGUCUUCUCCCGGGACGGCAUGUUUUUAGUUUAACCGGAUUUGUUGAACAGACUGGGGAAGAGGAAAGGCGAGUUCGGAAGUUUUGAUGCAUAUGAUCACAACCACCAUGAUUUUUAUGAUCCUCGGUGCUUCAGUUGUCAUGGCGAUAGCGUGUUUAAUGGACAUGAACGCACUCCUGGACCGCUUUCACAACUACAUCUUACCGCAUUUACGAGGGGAAGACCGCGUCUGUCAUUGCAACUGUGGAAGGCAUCAUGUUCACUACGUAAUUCCGUAUGACGGAGACCAUUCGCUCGUGGACUCGUCUGAGAAUUACUUUGUGAGUGACAGUGUGACCAAACAGGAGAUGGACCUCAUGCUGGGGCUGUUGCUGGGCUUCUGUAUCAGCUGGCUGUUGUUGUGGCUGGAUGGAGCUUUGCACUGUGCUGUGAGGGCCUGGAGAGCCAGUCGCUAUUAUGAUACCCCUUCCUGGUCGUGGUUGCCACAGUUCUGCAACCUCCGAGACCUCCGUAGACGCGCACAGCUCCGGCAGCUGGAGGACUCCAGCGGAAACAUGGUGCACAUCAAGCAGAAGCUCUAUCACAACGGUCAUCCCAGCCCCCGCCACCUCUGACUUUAACGGCAGUUUCCCCAAAACUGCUCCAUUACCAGCUGCUGCCUCAGAGACCCACUUUAAUUGUUCCACUACAUCUUUUAGACGUUCAAAAACCACUCGAGUAUUUGCCAAAAGAAGAAAGAAGAUUAUUGUUGCCAAUAUGCUGAUCUGUGUCCACCUUCGCCACGUUUGGCGAAUGGUUUAGAAAGGUUUUUUUCUGUACAGGCAUUUUAUUUUCAAUUGCUGAAUCUAGGCAUGCACUUUUAGAAUGGGGGAGGAUGCAAGAAAAGGUUUGGUAAGACAUUGGGAGUCAAUUCAUGUUUUUUCCUUGCUUUCCCCCCCCCCACCUUUUUUAGCUUUUUCAUCAGAAUACAACUUUUU